GACAGCAUCUGUGUGCCUGGAAGCAUUUUCAAAGUCUUCCUACAGUACGCUCUGAAAUGAAAGAUCCUGUUAAGAAAGGAUCAUUCAGUUGUCAGAGAACUUUAAUCGGGACCAUAAUUUAUAAGUCUUCUUUUACAACAUAGAUAAGAUAAUAUUUAACAAAAAGUCUUGGGAAGCAAAAGCUUCAUUUAAUAGUUAGAUGUUUAACCUUUGAGUAUACUUCAGGCGUCUUAAAUCUCUUCACCACGUCAGCAAAUCCUGGAAUUUAUCAGAUUCAUAACUGGGUCUUUCCAGCAGUGAAAAUACCGUUGUGGGUCCGGUAAAAUCAUGAAGACUUGCCAGGUGUUUCUGGGGUUGGCUGUAGCCGCUGUCGUCAUCACUUUAAUAGCUGUUCCCGCGGCGAUGUUGUUAGGCAGAAAUGAUCUUAAAGAAAAUGAUUCCCAAAAAACAUUCUCCCUGGAUGACUACUUCAAUGAUACCAUCAGGUACAAAUCAUACAAUCUGCGGUGGAUAUCAGAUACUGAAUACCUGCAUAAAAGAGGAGGAAAUGUCUUUCGAUAUGAUGUGGAGACAAAUUAUGUUUCAGAGUUUUUGAGCAACAACACUUUUGCUCAAGUGGAUGCUUCAGAUUAUCUUUUAUCAGAUGAUCAGAAAUAUGUCCUUUUUGAAAGCAAUUACACAAAGCUAUGGAGGCAUUCAUAUACAGCUUCUUAUUCUAUUUUUGAUGUGGAUAAAUCAACGUUUGUGACAUCAUCCCAACUACCACACAAAAUACAGUAUAUAGAGUGGGCACCAACUGGGAACAAGUUGGCAUAUGUGUGGAAAAAUAAUGUUUACUUAAAAACAGAUGUUAAUGCAGCACCUGAAGCUGUAACUACUAACGGAGAAGAAAAUAAAAUUUUCAAUGGCAUCCCAGAUUGGGUGUAUGAAGAGGAAAUGUUUGCAUAUAACUAUGCUUUGUGGUGGUCUCCAAGUGGGAAAUUUCUAGCAUAUGCACAAUUUAAUGAUACGGAAGUAAAUACCAUUGAGUACUCGUUUUAUGGAGAUGGACAAUACCCAGAAACGGUCAUUUUUCCAUACCCUAAGGCUGGGUCUACAAUUCCUAUAGCAAAGCUGUUUGUUGUGGAUACCUCAAAUAUAUCACGAAUUGCAGAGGUUAUUGUACCAGACCCUAUGCGAUCAAGUGACCACUAUUUAAGCACAAUCACCUGGGUUACCGACAAUCGCAUUGCAGUUCAGUGGCUAUUUAGAGCACAGAAUCACAGCAUUUUAGUGGUCUAUGAUUACAGCACAGCUGGUUGGAAUCAUCUAAAGUCUUAUGAAGAAAAAAGUCAAACGGGCUGGGUUGGACAAUUUUACCCCCUGGAACCUUUCUUUGCUGCAGACAACAUCAGUUUUUACAAAAUAAUGAGUGACAAAGAUGGAUAUAAACAUAUCCAUUACGUGAAUUCAUCAGAUAACAGUGUUCCAAUAACAUCUGGAAAAUGGGAAGUCAUAUACAUUUCAAAACUAACCAAAGAUACCAUCUACUAUGUUAGCAAUCAACACGAAGGACGUCCAGGACAACGCAACCUAUACAGGAUUAAAAUUGGUAGCACUCACUCUAAUCCAGAAUGCCUUACCUGUAAACAAGAUGAAAAAAGAUGUCAAUACAACUCAGCUUACUUCAGCAAAAAUGCGAAAUAUUAUCGAAUGGACUGCUAUGGACCUGGAUUACCUAAAUUUACACUGCAUAAUUCCUCUGGUAAAGAAAUUAAGGUCCUUGAAGAAAACAAAGAUUUGGAAAACAUUCUUGCAGAAUUUCAAAUGCCAACCAUACGUCGUGAGACCAUUAGUUUAGGAGAGUUUCAUCUUUGGUAUCAAAUGACUUUACCACCUAAUUUCGAUGAAUCUAAGAAAUAUCCACUGCUAAUUGAUGUGUAUGCGGGACCAUGCAGUCAGAAAGUAGAUUUUCGCUUCAGGCUGAACUGGGCUACAUAUCUGGCAAGCACAGAGAAGAUUAUUGUUGCAAGUUUUGAUGGAAGGGGAAGUGGUUACCAGGGUGAUAAAAUAAUGCAUUCAAUAUAUCGACGACUAGGAACAUAUGAGGUGGAAGAUCAGAUUACAGCUGUGAGGAAGUUUAUAGAUAUGGGCUUUAUAGACAAGACAAGAAUAGCCAUUUGGGGAUGGUCGUAUGGUGGAUAUGUCACCUCCAUGGCGCUUGGUGCUGGUAGUGGAGUUUUCAAGUGUGGAAUAGCUGUUGCCCCAGUGUCUAAAUGGGAAUAUUAUGAUGCCAUCUACACUGAACGAUACAUGGGACAGCCUACAGAAUCAGAUAAUCUAAAAUUCUAUCAGAAUUCCACUGUAACAGGAAGGGCUAAGAAUUUCAAAUCCAUUAAUUAUCUUCUAGUACAUGGAACAGCAGAUGAUAAUGUCCAUUUUCAGCAAGCUGCACAGAUUUCAAAAGCACUCGUCGAUGAACAGGUGGAUUUUGAAGCUAUGUGGUAUACAGACAAGGACCAUGGGCUUGGAGGAUCUGCGUACCAUCAUGUCUACACACAUAUUAGUCAUUUUCUCAGGAAAUGUUUCUCCAUAAACUAGAAAUAUUCAUCUUACUUUUAUACAUGUGAAAUUGAUAAAUAUUCUCUAGUCUGAAAGCAGACACUAUAUCCACACAGUUGUUUUUGAAACUUUCUAAUAAUUUGGCCAAAAAAAGCUGUAUUUGUGUUGAACACCACAGCAUAAUCACUGGCUCUCUGAGGUUUCACAGUGAGAAGAGAUGGGUUGCUGGACAAUUGAUAUCUUGGAUGGUUUUGCAUUAGUGUGAGUGCUGUAGUUUUAAUCUGCUUCCAUUACAAAUAGCCAUAGAGUGGUUGAGUACACAAAGAAAAAAAAAUAGUUGAUGGUUCUAAUUUAAAAUAAGAAAAACAAUGUAAAGUAGGACUAAUGAUUCUCAGUGGAUGAAGUCUCUGAACAAGUUUCUACAUAACAGUUUUGAACAUACUGUAAAACCAAAAUGUAAUUAAGUAUGCUUUUCAUCAUGACUGUGGUGAAGACCUCAUCAGCUCAAACGUUUAAAAUGAACAAGCCUUUUGCAAAUGAAGCUGCCUGCAUGUAUUUGUACAUCACAAUUUAACAUAGCUUGUUUUGUUUUAUUAAUGAGUUUGUUUUUAAACUUGCACUGAAUGUAUUGUGCAUCUAAAGCUGGAUUUUCUAUCAUGUAUGUGAAAAUAAAAUGUUUCAAAACUUG